ACCCCUUGGCUAUUAAAAACUUGAAUCGAAACUUCAACUAGUUCAGACUGUCAGGGCGCCACCUGGGGGCUAAAGUCCAGAAUACAAGUGGCCACUUUUCCCCCCGAUGCUUGCGAUGAAAGACGGAAGUACUUCCGGUUUAUCUACCCCUAAUCCCCCACCGCCAGCUCAGGAGGUUAGACCAGCAGCUUCUGAUGGUAAUAACGGUAGCAGCAAUAAUUCAACGUCCAAAAAGAGAAAAAUAAACAGCUCCGAAAAGGAAGACUUUGAUUCCCUGUCUUCGUCUCCUCCCAAAAACAUCAGUGCGUCCUGCUCCUCCGGGUCUCCCACCUCUCACCACAUACAAAAGAAACUGAGGUUCGAGGACUCCGUGGAUUUCAUUGGGCUGAAUGUGAAAAUGGCUGAGGAGUCAUCUUCAUCAUCUGCAUCGUCCAGUAACAAGGCAAAAAACGCCUUUCUGGCCGCCGGGGUCGGACACCACGCUAACGGACUGACCAAAACCUCGACCGGUUCCGCCACCUUCUCCAACAGUAAACCCGGAGCUGCCAAGAAACUAGUGAUCAAGAACUUCAAAGAAAAGCCCAAAUUGCCAGAAAACUAUACCAACGAAACCUGGCAGAAACUGAAGGGGGCAGUGGAGGCCAUUCAGAACAGCACUUCAAUCAAGUAUAACCUAGAGGAGCUCUACCAGGCUGUUGAAAAUCUCUGCUCCCAUAAAAUUUCUGCAAAUCUUUAUAAGCAGUUGAGGGUAGUGUGUGAAGACCACAUUAAGGCACAGAUCCAUCAGUUCAGAGAGGAUGCUCUGGACAGCGUCCUCUUCCUAAAGAAGAUCGAUAAGUGCUGGCAGGAUCACUGCAGACAAAUGAUCAUGAUUAGAAGUAUAUUCCUAUUUCUGGAUCGAACAUAUGUUUUACAAAAUUCAAUGCUGCCAUCCAUCUGGGAUAUGGGUCUGGAGCUGUUCAGGUCCUACAUAAUUAGUGAUCAGAAGGUCCAGAACAAGACGAUCGAUGGCAUCCUGCUGUUGAUUGAGAGAGAGCGAAAUGGGGAGGCCAUCGACCGGAGUUUGCUUCGGAGCCUCCUGAGCAUGCUGUCGGAUUUGCAGAUUUAUCAAGACUCAUUUGAGCAGCGGUUUUUGGAAGAGACUAACCGCCUGUAUGCUGCUGAAGGACAGAGACUGAUGCAAGAAAGAGAGGUCCCCGAGUACCUUCACCAUGUAAAUAAGCGUUUAGAAGAGGAGGCGGACAGAGUUAUCACGUAUUUAGACCAGAGCACACAAAAACCCCUUAUAGCCACUGUGGAAAAGCAGCUACUAGGUGAACAUCUAACAGCCACCCUUCAGAAAGGCCUGAACCACCUCCUGGACGAGAAUCGGAUCCAGGACCUGUCGCUGCUCUACCAGCUCUUCAGCCGGGUGCGCGGAGGCGUGCAGGUCCUGCUGCAGCACUGGAUCGAGUACAUCAAGGCCUUCGGAAGCACAAUCGUCAUCAACCCCGAGAAGGACAAGACGAUGGUCCAGGAGCUGUUGGAUUUCAAAGACAAGGUGGAUCACAUCAUCGACAUCUGCUUCCUGAAGAAUGAGAAGUUUGUCAACGCCAUGAAGGAAGCAUUUGAAACCUUUAUCAAUAAGAGGCCCAACAAACCAGCUGAGCUUAUCGCUAAAUAUGUGGAUUCGAAGCUCCGAGCGGGAAACAAGGAGGCUACAGACGAGGAAUUGGAAAAAAUGUUGGACAAAAUAAUGAUCAUCUUCAGGUUCAUUUAUGGCAAAGACGUAUUUGAGGCCUUCUACAAGAAGGACCUAGCGAAGCGCUUGCUGGUGGGGAAGAGUGCUUCUGUGGACGCGGAGAAGUCCAUGCUGUCCAAGCUCAAACACGAGUGCGGCGCUGCCUUCACCAGUAAACUGGAAGGGAUGUUCAAGGACAUGGAACUUUCGAAGGACAUCAUGGUGCAGUUCAAGCAGUAUAUGCAAUGUCAAAACAUACCUGGUAACAUUGAACUGACAGUGAAUAUUUUAACAAUGGGCUAUUGGCCAACCUACGUGCCUAUGGAAGUUCACCUGCCCCCAGAGAUGGUCAAACUGCAGGAGAUCUUUAAGACAUUUUACCUUGGGAAGCACAGCGGGAGGAAACUUCAGUGGCAGUCCACAUUAGGACACUGUGUACUAAAAGCUGAAUUUAAGGAGGGUAAAAAAGAGCUGCAGGUUUCACUGUUCCAGACGUUGGUGUUACUUAUGUUCAACGAAGGAGAGGAGUUCAGUUUGGAAGAUAUUAAGCAGGCAACUGGAAUAGAGGACAGCGAGCUGCGGCGGACACUGCAGUCCCUGGCCUGCGGCAAGGCCAGAGUCCUCACCAAGACCCCCAAGAGCAAGGACGUGGAGGACGGAGACAAGUUCACCUGCAACGACGACUUCAGGCACAAGCUCUUCCGGAUAAAGAUCAACCAGAUCCAGAUGAAAGAGACGGUGGAGGAACAAGCCAGCACUACAGAGAGAGUAUUCCAGGACCGGCAGUACCAGAUCGAUGCUGCUAUCGUCAGGAUAAUGAAGAUGAGGAAGACCCUGAGCCACAACCUACUGGUGUCAGAGGUGUAUAACCAGCUCAAAUUCCCAGUCAAGCCGGCUGACUUGAAGAAGAGAAUAGAGUCGCUAAUUGACAGGGACUAUAUGGAACGUGACAAGGAGAACCCCAACCAGUACAACUACGUGGCGUAGAGGAGAUUUCGCGCGCUGUCAGCUGCUCUGAGCACUUGGCCUCGUAUCCCAGGCUCCAGUGGACGUCACUAUCACCCUGUUGAACCCAGCGACCGACAACAGAAUGGAUGUGGCCCCUGUUAAACACAACGUGCUCUGGGGACUGUUUUCCUGCGGACUGCAUGCCCAUUAAAGAGAAUAUUAUCCAUUUUCAGAAUGCUGGUCAAUGAGAAGCAAAGGUCACCGUGGAUAACGAGACAAAACAUGGGGUUUGGAUGAGUAUAUUAAAUUGCUUUUAUAAAAGAAAACAGUAUUUAUUUUGAAACCUACAUUUUGUCCAUUAUAUGUUUAUGGCAUCCUAGUUCUUUUUUUUUUCCUUUUUUAAAUCACUUUUUACUUUUCUUUCGCUGUGUUUGCCCCAUGCAGGAGACUUUCGACACAGAUUCUGUAUGAAAGCCCAGUAAACUAAAGCCUGUUGGUUCAGCCAGCACAGUUUUAGGUACCCGUUUGUAGUCGGGCAGACAGAUGCUGACAAAGCAAUUUCAUUCUACCGUUUUUUACCCUUUUCUCGCCAAGUCCAUACGUUUUCCAGAGCAGAAUGAUUUUUCCUUUUUCAGAUCUUAGUUUUGACUGCAAAGAAUUCUGAAGAUCACUGCAUUUUUUCAGUACAGUCACAAGAGCAAGAGAAGAAAUUGUAGUUAAAGAGGAUAAACUAUUUCGAAGAGUAAGGUGCCAAAAAAGACAGCACUUCACCUGUAUUGGAUUUUUUUGAUGCUGCUAAACAUGGUUACUUAUUCAUGCAUAUUAAAACUUUUUUUGGAUGUUGGAUUUCCAUUUCGACAUUUUAAAGUUUUUGUGUGUAUAUGCAAAACUGUCUAGAAGUUGUUCUUUUUUCUGAGAUUUAAAGAACAAAGUACGACCCGAACUCUGCAUUUACAAAAACAGGUCUGUUUUAAAUAUAAGAGCUGUUAAAAAAGUUAAAGUAUAUGUGCUUUUCCUCAUUAAUGUUCACGUGUGUUUUUUUUGCCUAAACGCUGUUCAUUACCCAGGGCUGUAUUUAAAAGUCCUUAUCUUUAUUAUUUCACAGAUUCUUUGGGAUUUUAGAAUUAUAACACUGAUAGUGCAGUUUAGUCCCACAGGGUUCUAUAGGCUGAAUAAAGUGCUCACUGCAGUCCACUGUAUGUUAGCAAGUGGACUGAUAGAACCAUUUAUUUGUGAUAGCUGUGAGGUUACUGGUGUACAAUAUGCAGGACCUGACUGCUGUCUACAUUUGAGUUCAUUAAUAUAUUUUUUUUAUUGCUACAACAGAUUAAACAACAAAAGCGUUCAAAUAUUUUGUUUUGUUUUAUUCUUAAUUGUGUAUUCCCGGAACCCAAGUCUGUAAAAGCAGAAAGAUCUGUUUUUUUUUGUUUGUCCAAAGCAGAUUGCCUGAUUCUGACUUCAGGUUAUUUUUUAAGCUUUUGAAACUUGCUGUUAGCUGUAGGUUGUUACAGUUUUCAAGGCACACUCAGCGGCUUUAUGAGCUGCUCCUUUUGUGCUGAUGCGAAAAGACCUGUGUGAUGUCCAGAUGUUUAGACUCUGCAUUGUCAUUUUGCAGUGGCUCUUUGCUGGAGUUUCUUCAAUUGAACUUGACUCUUAAGCUUUGGUUUUCAAAAGUGAAAGAAAAUUGCCCUGUUUGAAUUAUGCGUGUCACCAUUAGGAAGCAGAACUGCUAAAAUUACUGCUACAGCCCAUAGGAAGUGUAAUGCAAUCUUUUGACUGCUGUUGCAAAAGUGCAUGCCUUCAGAUCACAAGAGCAAGAAGAGCCGAGCGUUGAACCAGAUGAGGAUGUGACACAUUGCUCUAUUUACUGAACAGAAGUUCUUUAAACUUCAGAUCUCUUGCUUUGUUUCUAUAAAUAUAGUGAAGAAAAUCAUUGUUAAGGAAGGAUUCAUGUGUUUUAAUCUGUGUUUUUUUGGGGGGGAUGUUAUUACUUGGUUGUUUGAGUACAUUUGAAGUGGUUCCCAAUUUAAUUUUGGAUCAGUAGUAGCAAUAAAAAUUCUAAAUAGGUUUUCAGAAUAAGUGCAGAGGCCAGUUAUGAUGCAUCCGUUAUAUCCUUUUCACAUUUAGUCUCUGGAGGAAAAGGUAUAGCAAAAACUUAUUCUUGGAAGUUCAGUGGUUUACCCAUGCCAUUUGGUAGCUAAGAUUUGUUAAUCUGUGUUUUGUUCAGGACGCAAAAGUCUCUUUAAUUCUAAAGUCGUGACAAGUUUCUGUUUAUAAAAUCUCAGGAAAACCAAAAACUUUACGCAAGUUAUUCAUCAUUCCUUGGCAGUAAAGACACCUUCAAUACUGUGUGUUGUGUCUCAUUGGAUAAUGUAACUGUGAAUAUACGUGGGUGAAAAGAUCAGACUGUCCUAGUGUUAAAAUACUAUGUAACUUGGUCGCGGUUGCAUUUUUGCUAGCACUACUAAUGAUUUACACGUUAGACUCCGGAUAUCCCAAGAUUUCUUUUACUGAAGCUGUGGUAAGGCAGGUUAUAUCUUCAGAAUGUGAUCACUACUUUACCUUUGGACAAUUUAUAAAAAAUCUCCCCUGCAAGUUGAAUUUGUAGUGUAUUUACUGGACCAGGCUUCACCUAAAUUUUAGACACUAAGAAUACUCUCUAUAGAACUUGAAUUUCCAGCAAUCUAGGAAUGCAUGGUUCUUCCCAGAGCUGUCCUGCAUCUCAGAUUCCGCAGCUGUAAACAAAGAUGGUGCCAAAAACAUCACACAGAAAAGGUAGCUUGUGGAUAUGCAAAACGCGUAUGUCGGAGAAAUAUCCUGGAAGACUUCUGUGCGUUCUUUUAACGAGAGACCCGUGCCAAGACAACACAGAACACUUGAGGAAAACGCAUCGCACAGAUACAGUCCUUCCCGAAACGCCAGCAGCAAGCCUUUGAGUGAAGAGAUGCUUGCAUAUAAAUCCACCAGAAAAGAUGGACUGUGUAUUCUCUAGAUUUUAACAAUUGGGUUAGAUGCCAUAAAGCAGAAAUAAAGGUUUUGAAGAGCACUGUUGAUAGAGCUGCUUGUGAUCUUCAGACAUUCCUUCUGCAUUCUAGAAAUCACCAUCCUCCUAGCCAUUACUGAAAAUGGGCACUGUAUUUCAGUUUCUGCAAAGCUAGGGCCUCUUCAAAGUUGGAAAUGUUUUGUCAUUUGGAUCCCACUUGUUUUAUUUUUAAAGCUGCACAUUUUAAAGUGAUGCUUAAAAAAAACAGACUAAAAUGAAAUGGGCAUGUGACAGUCUACAUCUUUACUAUAAAAGCCGUAAAACCUUUUUAAUACUUAAAAAAUGGGUGUCAAGGGUAUGUUAUAUACUGUAAAUAGAUGUUCCCUUGAAAGAAAAGAGUGAGAGUCUGUAUUCUAGUUUUUUGUGUCAUUCAAUAAAUAUUUGAAAAAUUA